AUGACAGCCAGGUGCCACCCGGGCAGGGCCGGGGAGACACGGCACGGCCACCACGGGCAGAGGAUGGCAGCCAGCGGCGGGAGGUUGUGGAUGAUGAGCACCCCAGGGAAACGGAGCUCGGUGCGGGGGUCACCGGGGGGUCGGCAGGGCCCCCGGUGCCGGUGCUCCGGGUGGGACGAGCGGCUGUCACAGCCCGGGGCUGCUCCCGGGCCGGGGCCGCGGUGCCGCUCGCUCGGGCAUCCGCUAUCCCGGAGCCAUGGAGACACCGGGACGCCCUCAUGCUCCGAGGUCACGCAUGGGGACCCUUCGAUGCCCCGGGCCCGGGCCGCCUACCUGGGUCAAGGUCGCGGCGGUCCCGUCCCGUCAGCGCCGCACCUGGGGAGGGCAGAGGAGGCGUCGGACGCGGGGCCGGGAACCCCCCGGGACCCCGCGGGCCGCAGCGGGACUGGGCCCCUCGCCCCACGGCACCGCGACCCGCUCGGACCCGUCCCCGCCGCGGGCCCCUCACCCUCGAUACCGCUCGAGCCGGUCCGGUCCCUCUGGCCCCGCGCGGCCAAGGGCGGGCGGCGGCCCGGGCACCCCGGCACGGAGCACAAGGGCGGCGCCCCCCGGCCCCUCCCGCUCCGCCCCAGCGCCGCCGCUCACCGCCCGCCCCCGCCGCGGGCCCCGCGCUCCCGACGCCAUCUUCCCGCCGCGCCCGACGCACCGCGCGCGCUGGCCACGCCCACCACGGGGGGCUGGGAAUCCCGGCACCGAGAACCCCAGUACGAGCACCACCGGGAACCGGGCACCGCGCUGGCCCCGGCACCCCUGUGCUGCGAGCCCCAGAACUGGGCACCCCAGACGAGCCCGGUGCCGCGGGAGCCGCCCGGCUGGGUCCCCUUGAGGAGCCACGCCUGGCACCGGGGCGGGCGGCGGCUCCUGCCGGGAGCGCGGCUGCACAGGACCGGCGGCUACCGGGACGCGCGGGAUCCGCGCUGCGGAGGAUGCGGACCCUCGGCUCCCUCCCCGAGCCUCGGUGGGGCCGGGGGUACGGGCACUGCAGGGACCCCCUCGGCCACACAGGUGCAGGGGGGGCUGCCUGAGCCUCAGAGCCACGGGCAGCCGGGGCUGAACGGGGGGCAGAGGGAUCCCAAAUGGGGAUGGAGCGACCCCCGGUCCCUCUGCGCCCCCAGCCGCACUGCCACCCCCCAGAACUGGACCCUGGACCCCGCCGGGGACUGGCACUACAGAUGGAUCAGCCUCAUGGUGCUGCCCAUCCUUUACAACUGGGUCGUCCUCAUCCUCAGGUGCUGCUUCCCCGAGCUGCAGGAGGCGCACACCGGGCUGUGGCAGGCCCUGGACGGGCUCAGCGAUGCUCUGUACCUGCUGGACAUCGCCGUGCACUGCCACACAGGUUUCCUGGAGGACGGGAUCCUGGUGCGAGACCUCAGCCGGACGCGGCGGCUCUACCUGAGCUCCUGGACCUUCCCCUGGGAUGUGAUGAGUGUGCUGCCCACCGAGCUGCUCUGUCUGCUCCCAGGGGUCCCCAGGGUCCCCGGGGUGCCAGCAGCACGUGCCAACCGCUGCCUGCGGGUGCCACGACUCUUCGAGGCCUUCGAGCGGUGCGAGACACGCACGGGAUGGCCCAACGUGUUCCGCAUGGCCAAGCUGAUGCUGUACCUGCUGCUGGGCAUCCACUGGCACGGCUGCCUCUACUUCGCACUGUCGGCACACCUGGGGCUGGGCGUUGACCCCUGGGUCUGCCCCAGCUCCACCCGAGCGCUGCGCCGCUACCUGCACAGCUUCUACUUCUCCACGCUGGUCCUGGCCACGGUGGGAGACACGCCGGCACCGCAGCGCGAGGAGGAGUUCCUCUUCCUCACCGCCGGCUUCCUCGUGGCCGUGCUGGGCUUCGCCACCGUCACCGGCAGCAUCAGCACCGUCAUCGUCAACCUCAGCACGGCCACCACCGCCUUGUACCGCGACGCGGGGCCGGUGCGGCGGUACCUGCGGGCGCGGGGCGCGGGCGGGCGGCUGGCGGCGCGGGUGGGGCGCUGGCAGCAGCACCUGCGGGCACAGCGCAAGCUGCCGGCGGAGCGGGCGGUGCUGCAGCUCCUGCCGCGGGGGCUGCGCGCCGAGGUGGCCGCCGAAGUGCACCUGGCGGCCCUGCGGCGGGUCGGGCUGUUCCGCAGCUGGGAGCACGGGGUGCUGCGGCAGCUGGUGCUGCGCCUGCGACCGCAGGUCUUCGGCCCCGGCGAGUUCGUGUGCCGGCGGGGGGACGUGGGCCGAGAGAUGUACUUCAUCCGCGAGGGCCGCCUGGCCGUGGUGGCCGAGGACGGUGUCACGCAGCUGGCCGUGCUGAGCGAGGGGCUCUACUUCGGGGAGAUCAGCCUCAUCAACAUCAAGGGCAACACGGCGGGGAACCGGCGCACGGCCAACAUCCUGAGCAUCGGCUACUCAGACCUGUUCUGCCUGGGCAAGGAGGACCUGGCGGAGGUGCUGGCCGAGUUCCCCUGUGCCCGUGCUGCCAUGGAGGCCAAGGGCCGGGAGCUGCUGCUGCGCAUGGGCCGGCUCGACACCGGGGCCGAGGCGGCGGCACUGGCGGCCGAGGCGGAGGCGGAGCGGCGGCUGCAGGGGCUGGAGCUGGCCCUGGAGGGGCUCCAGACUCAGGCAGCCCGGCUGCUGGCACAGCUGGAGGCCAGCGCCCUGCGCAUGGCCCUGCGCGUCCAGCGCCUCGAGGGACGGGCGCUCCUGCGGGACAGAGCGGCGCGGACAGACGGGGCAGCGGGAGCGGCCUCGCCGCCUGCCGGGACACAGGGUCCUGCUGGGGGACAGCGUCCCCCCGGAGCGCAGCAUCCAGCCAAGGCACAGCGUGUCCUCAGGGCAUGCGGUCCCCUCAGGGAACAGGGUCUCUCCAAGGUGCGGGGUGCCCCCAGGGCACAGGGUCCCCAGAGAGCACAGGCUCCCAGCGACAUGCAAGGUCCUCCCAAAGCACAUGGUACCCCCAUGGUGCGGGGUCCCCUCAGGCCACAGAGGCAGACUGGGGCACGAGGUCCCAGUGGCACGUACGGUCCCGGCGGGGCACAGGUUCUCCCCAGAGCACAGGGUCCCUCCGGGUCACAGAGUUCCAGAGGGGCGCAUGAUCUCUCCGGGGCUCGGACGGUCGGGGUCCCACGAGGGGUGGGGGUGCCGCGGGACUAG